UAGAGGCGUACGUGAGAGAUGUUGUACUUCGCGUCAAGCUAUCGCAAAGCUACAGCGACAAUAAUGAAAACGACAGUGGCAUGAUUAUGUUAUAACAAACAGCGAAACUCGAUGAUCAUUUAAAAUGCAUGCUGUCAUUCAUAAAAGACAGUAAAGGUCUGAUGAGAUUAUCACAAACAAGAGGAAAAAACAAGAAUAACAGACAUGCAUCGGUGCCCGGUUUGUCUGAAAUAUUUCCCUUCUCCUUCUAAACUCCAGAGACAUAGUUUCAUCCACACUGGCCUGAAACCUUACUGUUGCACGGACUGUGAGAAAUCAUUCAAUCAGCCUGUCCAUUUAAAAAGACAUUUGCAGAAGUGGCAUCAACAUCCUUCUACAGAAACCUUGAAGGACAACAUAUUUGCUAAGGACAUACCUUUUCUACCAUCAAACCACAUUGACCAAAUAAGCCUAGAUGGUGGUACUGAAAAAGUAUUGUCAUCUGCUCAAUCUGUUGUAUCACCCCAGAUCAAACAAAAAAGUGAUACUCUACCAACGGAGGUGUGUAUUUCGACUUCAGAUAGUGAAGGUGAAACAGAAUCCCCCCAACAAGUCAACGACAACUUAACACAUUGGAACCAUAUUGCAAUUGACGGAUCAUCACACUCGCAAGCUCAAUAUGAAGUUAAUUUUGCUUCAGAUGAGGAUUUAUUCUAUGUCCAACAGGAGAAGGCCUGCAAAGUGUGCUUCAGAACAUUUAGUUCAGCACAUCAACUUCAGAUUCAUUUGGCAGUUCAUAACAAACAUAAACAUUUGGAUGAUGGAUGCAAAGCAACUAAAAGCCACCAAUGUCCCACCUGCCUUAAAGGAUUUUGUGCACCUUCCAAGCUACAGCGCCAUUUUUUGAUUCAUACUGGCCUGAAACCUUUUUCCUGCAUGCAGUGUGGGAAAACAUUUCGGCAAGAAACUCACUUGAAAUCCCAUCUUUAUGCAGCGCAUAGAACAGCGUCACCACUGAAAGAACCGGAGGUCGAUCUAGGAAGGGCGAUAGACAACGAUAGGGGUGCACUGUUUUGUCAUGAACUUCCAGCUUCUCAGUCCCAGUCCUCUCUACACUCCUCCCGUCCCCAGGAGGUAAAUCGGUCGGUGGAACUUGAGUUACAGUGUAAAAUAAGCUUAAGUUCGCCCAAAGACCAGGACAACUCAAAACAAGGAAAAUGUGGAAUAAUUGCUACUCCUGCACCAAGUGUGAACGAUGGUGGGAAAAACCACCAAAAUAUUGACUCAGACAUGCAGAGUGAAUCAGUUGGAUGUGAACAGGUUCAAAUCAAUAAUGGCCGUAAAGUUGUAAAGCCUUUUCACUGUACUUUCUGCAAUAGAUCCUUUCGCCUGGAGCUGAAUCUACUACGACAUUGGUACACGCAGCACAGGAAACAAAACAGAUUCCAGAGCUGCGAUUUAGUGUAUGGAAACACAAACAGCACUGCAUUACUAUCAGCGGACCCAAUAACCCUUAAUUCUGAAGAAGUGACAUCACGAGAACACUGCAUCACAGAUGGUUGUGAUCCUGACGUUGUUGUUAAAGAUGAGACAUGGAGUGAGGAUAUUAAGGAUUUCUUCCCAACUGAUAAUGCCACAGCACCAGACCAGCACAGUCAAACACUGCAAGCCCCAAGCCACAGUCCGGGAAUAAUGAGUGGAAAAAUGAUACACCAGUGUAAUUUAUGCUCCAAAACAUUUCCAGCCUCAUCAAAACUUCAGAGGCACAUGAUGUCUCAUACGGACCAAAGACCCUUCCGGUGUCAAAUGUGUGACAAGAGUUUCCGUCAGAAAACACACUUACGAGUCCACUCUCGUACGCACCUGUGGUCCAAAUAUCACAGACAACGGUCUUUUUAUAUUAGUAGGCCGCCGUCGCGCACGGCUGGAUACAGCACAAAGCCUGCAGUCGAUGUCCUGUUCCCAAAAACAUGUGUACAAAUUGAUGCUUUUGACAAGAAAUCUAUGACACAUGCAUUUCCCAAAGUAAACCGUAUUCAGACUCUGGCUUUACCAAAUGUGGAAAAUUCCAGUAGAGAUCUUAUGCCAAGUACAUCCUAUAUGAAUUCAACAGUCAACGCAACUGUAACUUCUAAAGGACUUCUGAAAAAGGCACAUACUUAUAAAUGUGCACGCAUAAGAAAUGGCUCCCAGCACAGAUGUCUACUUUGUUUAAAAUGUUUUCCCUCGCCCUCCAAACUUAGAAGGCACGAGAUGGUACACACUGGCUUGAAACCAUUCCAGUGUCUAGUGUGUGGUAAAAGAUUUCGCCAGUCUCCACAUCUGAAAGUCCAUGAGAGAACUCAUUCUGAGGAAAGGGUGGCCAUGCCUGUUCCACAACCCGAUGGAAACGGUCAAGAGCCUUCUAGUGGAGAUUACAAUCAUGAAGAUUACACUACAAGCAGUCAUGUGCAGUUUAAAAAGAAAAUCAAGGGAUUCAUGCCCAAACAGGGCACCUAUUCUGAGUUUAUUGAAACUCCUGAAGAGGAAAUGAGAAAGGGUCAACCCCUUUAUGACAGUGGCACUGACUUUUUAUCCAAUGGUCUGACUCCAUCGUUUAAAAUAACAGACACAAACUGGCAGCCAAAGUCGGAAGUAGACAGACUUGAAGAAGACGUGGAUUUGGAGGGUGUGCAGAAGGAAACCUGUAAUGACCUUGUCAACACAUUUCCCUUUGAACUUGCCCCUGGCAUUCAAAAACUGGUUCAAAACGAGGGAGCGAUUCGCCCAUCUUCACUGCAGCCAGAGAUGGGGGCGAACACACAACCUUUUAGUACAGAGAAACUCUUUCAAUCCAGCAGUUUUGCUAAUUCUGAUGAUCAUGUAGAUGCACACAUUGUGGGAACCGAAGGUUUGAUGGCUGAGAAACAACCCUGGGAGGAAGCAGAAAUCACAAACAAUUACUGGUGCGCCCCUGUGAACACUUUGGAAUGUAAAAAAUGUGCAAUAACUUUUGAAACGCAGCAGGAUUUUCAGUGCCAUGCAUGUGACAGAAACGGCCAAUCAGAAACCAAUCAGCUGGCCCGAAAAUAUCGCUGUGAUGUUUGCUUGAAGGGUUUUGCCUCUCCCUCUAAACUUGAGAGACAUUAUAUUAUUCACACUGGUCAGAGGCCGUUCCGUUGUGAGAUUUGUAGUAAAACUUUCACACAAUCAUCACACCUUAGAACACACCAAAAAUCUCAUCAAUUAUGAAUAUAGGCCUGAUAUUAUGGUUGAUGCAUUUUGGCUGUGGUACAGACAUGGUUUGGAGCAACGUUUGUGAUGUACAUGUAAUAGUAUGUGUUUUAAUGAUUGCUGGUUAUCUUUACAAAUUGUACAGGUUCUUUUUCUGGUCCUCUAUACAUGAUGGUUUUAUGCAUUGUUUUUAUGUAUUGUUUUUAUUGAUUCAAUGAUUUUAAGGAGUGUUUUUUCCAUUUGAGUAUGAAUAAAAUGUCCUCAAUCAAAUCUA